UUAACCAUCUCCUACUCUUCACAGUCAUUCUUUUUGUGUCUCUACCAUAUUAUAAUUCACCAUAAUCUCCUUACUUAACACCCAUAAACUCCUCACAUAAUCUCAGUUGAAAUCUAUAACAUUUUUGAUAACAAUGGCUGGUGGUACAGCUUUGACUCCAACCUCUGUAGGAUCUAAGUCACUACUUCCAUUGAGAAACCAAGAAGCAGCAGAGAGAGUCAAUAACAACAACAACCUGAAAGCAUUACCCAAAGAGGUCCAACCGGUUUCAUCAAUUGAAGGAGGGAUGGUUAAAAGGCCAAGAGGUAGACCAGCUGGCUCCAAGAACAAACCAAAACCACCAAUCAUUGUGACUCAGGACAGUCCAAACUCCCUCAGAGCUCAUGCCGUUGAGAUAAGCUCAGGUAAUGACAUCUGUGAGGCUUUAUCAGAUUUUGCAAGAAGGAAACAGAGAGGACUCUGCAUACUCAGUGCCAAUGGUUGCGUCACUAACGUGACAUUAAGGCAGCCAGCUUCAUCAGGAGCUAUUGUGACAUUACACGGACGUUUCGAGAUCCUCUCAUUGCUAGGAUCAGUCUUGCCUCCACUAGCACCGCUUGGGAUCACUGGUUUCACCAUUUACUUAGCCGGGCAUCAAGGACAGGUUGUUGGUGGAGGAGUGGUUGGUGGGCUAAUAGCAUCUGGUCCUGUUGUUAUCAUGGCUGCAUCAUUCAUGAACGCUGUGUUUGAUCGUCUUCCCCUGGAUGAUGAUGAAGCUGCUUCUAUGCAGCAGAACCAGCAGUACUACCAGAAUGGAAGAGCCCGUCCUUUAGAUGGCGGCAUUCAUGGAUUACCUCAAAACCUGCUCACUAAUGGGAACUCAGGCUCUGAUAUAUACCAUUGGGGGCCUACGCAGCGUGUCAUGUCCAAGCCUUAAUAUUGCUAAUAAAAUUAGAGGGGGAACCAUAAGUUACCUGAAACUAAUCUUCCUCUCCUCUGUAGUUUGUGUACCUGAAACAUUACAAAGAAGAAACUAAAACAAAGAUAAGUAAUUUGUUAAU